UAAUGAAGUUGCAACAAAAUUACAACACAAAACAACUCGGCUACCCUAAAGUCCUAAAAUUUCCUUAUUCCUCUAACCCUUCCGUCGUCCGUCGCUCUUCCUUUUUCUCUUCCUCAAUUAUCUCCCCCGCGGAAUCAACUACAGAUUCAUCACCGUCCUUUAGCUCCCGCCAUCGGUUGAAUCGAUCGCCAAGAGAGUAGAGUCCCUCUUAGUGACGGUGUCGGCAUUAUCGAAGAUUUCUGGAUCUCCUCUCUCAAUCGCGAAAUCUCGUCGCUGCGGGAUCCAUCUUCCAAAAAUCAAAUCACGAAACCUUCUUCCAUUCGAGCUUCAACAUCCUCGGCCAAGGAAUCGAUCAACAGGAUUGAAGCCUAUGUUUCCAGUGCGUAAAUCGAUCUUAGGCAAUCUCCGAUUCUCCGUAAGCAAGGCCCACUCAUAUGAGAACUUAGGAUUGUUCCAAUUGCGAAUGUCUCUUUCUCCUUUGUAGUGUGAGAAUAUAGAUAACGGUUUGGUUUUGCUGUGUGCAUGUUUGCAGUGUGCAAUGUUAGGGGUUCAGAUAUCUAAUCGUUUUGUUUAGGUCAGGAGAACAAGCUUCUUUCUUGAACCUACUGGUUAAGGCUUCCUUGUAUGAUAGAUAGAUGAUAUGCUUCUUUCUAUGUUUGGUUAUAGCAUGAGAAUUGAUGUGUGUUCCAUAAGUUUUGCUUUGUUAUGGAAAUAUUUGAGUGUAGUUGAGCUCCUGUUUGAAUGAUUUGACUGAUUAUUUGUUCUAGGAUAGAGACAUUGCUGAGGCUCUCUUAUGGAUUGAGGCCAAGACAAGGAAUAUAGAUAUUGUCUGUGAGAACACAAAGUAGAUUAUCGAACAUUUCCAGGUCAGAGGUGUGUAUGUUUUAUGCUCAGUCAACAUUGUAAUGGACUCGCAUUUGUAUGACCAAGUCCUGAGUUGUGUGUGUGUAUGUUUUAUGCUCAGUUGACACUGUAUACGACAUAAUGCAAUUUGUAGACUUGUCGAUUUUAUUUAAAUUUCUUGAUUUUGUCUUCAGAUUGCAUUCUCGGGAGUAUAUAAGUUUUCAGGGAAAAGUUCUUUUAAAGGUAUGUAUUUCAAUUUGUGAAUAUAUGUGUAACCGAACUAAUUGAUAUAUUUUGGAUGUUGUCCUUACCUUAACUUUUCUUCUCUAGAGGUCUUCUUUGUUGUAUGCUGGCCAUGAUUCCCUUACAAUGCUCUCUUAACUUUUUCUUAAUUAAUCUUGUUGUUUUCUACUUUAGGUUGUGGUUACCUGGGAUGGAACAGAGUGGAAGUCAUAAGGAUUGAUGUAAGCACUUAUCUCUACCCGGAUGCUUUGACUUUUGUUUACAUUAUUUCCUUGGGACCGAAAAGAAACAAACAAAUAGGCUUAGUCUCUAAUGUUCGGUUCAACAUAUCCCCUGAUGUUGGUGGAUUUUGAGAGUGAAAUGACAGUACGGGAGCGUUUUUAGAGUUGAAAUAUCUUGAUGUGCAAGGAUGCCACAUUUCUAUGUUACGGAAUUCAGCUAGAUAUUGAUUUUUCCCCUAAAAUCAGCACCAUAGACCUGUCAACCACUAGCUAGUGUUUAGAAUUCUAUUGCAACUAGUGGUCUGAUUGUAAUUAUGAUUGUAAGUAAUUCAAGCUCUUUAUCAUUUUCAGUCUUAAUAGCCUUUUCAAUCAGCAACAUAAAACUCGGGCUGAUGCAGGGCUAGGGAACUUAGCUGAACCAGAUCAAAGGAGACAAAGAUGCUUCGAUCAGAGCUCGUCAUGAUUGUAGUCCCGUUUCUAACUAACAAAUCUUGAUUGCAGUGGGCUGAGGUAUUAUAUGCUGAUGCUUUCUCUGGUUUCGAAGAUGUUGGAUUGGAUGAAAAGGUAUUCUUUUUCAUUUCUGAGAAAUAUACCCUUUUCAUAUCACUGGGUUGUAAAAUAUAAAUAAAAACAGAAGAAUGUGGUCAUUGUAACAUUCCUACCACUAAUGAAAUAUCCUUCGGUUUAGAGUUCUGCCCGGCAGUAGUGAUCGACGCAGAUCUGAAAUCAUCAAAUAAUCUCUUUGAUAUGUGUUUCUAUUCUAAGUUAAUAAUCUAGCGCUCACUCUUUCUCUCACUCUCUCUCUAUCUAUCUAUUGUCAUGAAAAAGAUUCUCUGGCAGUAGUCACCCUAAGUUAGUUGUUUAUUACCUUAUGUUAGUAAAAUGGUAUUGUUUUCAUGAAUGUGAAUGCCAUCCUGUUGGUGGAGCAUAAACAUGGGAGCCUACUGAUUUUGGUUUAUUUGUGUAUUUGUUUUGUAGUAAAAGCCUGUUUUGUAGUAAAAGCAGUAGGAUCUCAAGAGGAGCUUCAUAUGGAGGUGACUCUAACAGCUACUGUGAAAGUGGGUGACCAUGGAGUUCUUUUCCCAGAUAUCAAGACCACCAACAAUUUUGUUGGACUAGUGAAAAGUGAACAUGAGUAUUACAGUACAUAUGAAGGGGUCUUUGAGAUGGACAUGAUACUGGAGUUUUUGGCUUACAAUAAGUUACCUAUAGUUACCAGACUGACAGAAUUGAAUUCUGCCUCUGUAUACUCGAGUCCAAUCAACCUUCAGAUGCAUGGGGUAGCUUGAUGGUAAAUCGGCGAAAGAGAGAUGUGUUUCUAAAGGAGGAAGUGGAGCAUGGAUACGUGUGUCGAGAGGGCAGGACAAAUCGAGAUCGACAAUUUGCACGGUGCUUUUUGGUUCCAGGUGUGUGUUGUCUCUCUUAGUCUAUAGGUAUUUGUUUUUCCUCGGAUUGGUAUGCUAUUUACUUGGAGAGAUCCAUUGAUUUGUGAUUGUUGAAAAUGAUUUUGUUCCAUGGAAGUCUGGAACCAACCUGAAGACUAAUUGAUUCGAUUCCUUUUUUUUUUUUUUUACUUUGACAUGCUAAAACACAACACCAAACUGCGACCAAGUGUAAUCGCAGUCCGGAAAUGCAGUAACAGGCAAGCUCUAAUUGUCAACCCGGGGUCUAGAUCUACUGCCUACUCCGUGUAUAUCUGUUAUGUAGCAAACUAAGUUGAGUGAUUGUUGAUUUAAGUUAAGCAGUCAGAAAACAGGAAAUGGUUCGGUUUUCUAAAGCAAAGGAAGAGUCACUCGGGAAUGAGUCUCCCUAGCUCCUUAGUUAGGUCACAGUAGUAAUUAUUUUUAGUUGCUUAACUGCUGAUUAUACUGCGGAAGAUCCGACAGUAGCUUGGAAUCUUUUAAGCUGACCAAGCCCUCUCAGUCAAACUACCCGACAGACGACUAGUUUCACCGGAAUAGAACGCUGAGGCAAUAAACACAGAACUCCACUAUUGGAAUUAGAUUCCAGUACAAAGCAGUGAAUCGACUAACUCUCGUAUAAUCGAUUCACUACUACCGAUUGAAGAAGCUCUAACAACCUAAUAAGAUUCUAUCUAUCUCAGGUUGCAGCAGAAAUCAAUAAAAGAUGAUCAGACUUCAAUUGACUCAAUCAAAACACUUCAAUCGAUUAUAAUCAAGCAAUAUCACAAUCCAAACGUAAUUACAAUCAAGAUUCCUAACACAUAGAACUAGGGUUCUUCAUACCCAAGUAAGAGAAAGUUCUACUCCAUAGAGAGAGAGAGGGAAACAGAAUACAAAGCAGUCAUACUCAUAACAAUGGGAAGAAUCUGCUCUAGGAUGUCAAUCUUCACUCCUGUGAUGAUCUCCAAGCUUGAUUGAUGAAACCUGGCUCCAAAAUCACUUCUAGGAUGUGUUCUUCGCACUUUCUCUCUCUAGGGCUUUGUUUUUGCUCCAAAAAGUCGACUCCCUCUCCUUUGGCUCGAAUCUGCCUCAAAAGGUCGACUCUGGGCAAAACACGGUUGAGGGCAUGACCGUGUUUUGCUUUUGCCCGUCCGUGCCCUUGCCACGUGUUAAAAACACGCCCACAUCUGGCAAAACACGGUCGUGCCUAUAGAUGGACACGACCGUGUUUUCUGUCACUCCCGCCCGUGUUUUGGGACAUCGCAGGAGCACCUUGGAUCAAGCCUCGGCAUAAAUAACACGGCCCAGGAACACGGCCGUGUUUGUGUUUAGUCCAACCCGUGUUCUUCCUCAUCAGUUCAGCUCUCGGCAUAAAAAAACACUGGCGUGCUUAGCCUUUCUUUCGACGUCUGGGACCUGAAAUAUGACAAAGUAGCAUAACCCAACGUAAAACGGACCAAAAAUACACGGCUACGAGCCGCAAACGGAUGAGAACUAAGGGUGCAAACAUGUGUAAAUACAUCGUUAUCAUACUUCUUUUUCUAUAUAAUACAUCUUGAGAAUUUUGUAGAUACGAUCUGGUGGAAAAUAAAUCCUCUGUUGGCCCAUCCGAAGCCGGCGAAGAUUGGGGUUAAAGAAUGCACAGAGCAAGACCCUAGAUUGUGUAGUUGAUUCUGGUCUCUGUUGGAGCCAACUUUGCCUUCUGUUGGUACUGGUUUUGAUUCCUUUCCUUAAUGUAAACUAGCGUCGGGUCCGGCCCGUUGGGCGGGUAAACUAAACAUAAUCGUAUCAUUUGAUAAAUGUUGGAACAUGAACUCAAUUUAAAACGUAUUAAUUUUUGGUUACUUUCAGUUAAAAAUUGUUCGGUUAAAGUGUUUAUAAGGGAAGCUGAAAUUAAACAAUUGGGAUGUAAUCUUGCAAACAUAAUAAUAAGCAUCACAUCGGUAAUGUGAUGCAAGAAUGGUAUAUGAGAUGAACUCAAUUGAAAACGUUUAAUUUGUUUUGGUAACUUUCAGUUAAAAAUUGUUUAGUUAAAGUGUUUAUAAGCGAAGCUGAAAUUAAACAAUUGGGUUGUAAUCUUGCAAACAUAAUAAUAAGCAUCACAUUGGUAAUGUGUUGCAAGAAUGGUAUAUGGGAUGAUCGAAAAAAUGUAAAUAGAAAUACCAACGUAGCCCAACAAAAACUGACCCGUGAAUUUGGUAGUUUAAAUUUAACCGUUAGAGUAAAAAAAAAUAGAACUCUUUAUUAAAGUAAACUCAAUAUUGGAACCAAUAAAAAGUAAACUCAUUAUUCUGACAAAAAAACCGAAAAGGAAAGUCAUUGUAAUUUAGAUAGCUAAUGAAUUAGAAUUCAAUCCAACCAAGGGCAAACUUACCGGCCGACCAGAACCACAGGUCAGAUUUUGACCUCCCUCAUCCGCCCCAUCUCUUUCCAGAAACACAUAAUUCUGGAACCCUUCUUUCCUCCGUCUCCUUCCCAUAGUUGGCGGUUUCAUGUCGGGAAGGUUCUUAUCCUAGGUGUGCCCAUCGCGCUGUAGAGGAAACCAAUCCAGCCACCUAUCCCGCUCCCGACUGCGCCACUUGAAGUAAUUGGUGGUCCGUUUCUGAAGUAAUUGGCGCUCGUCCUAGCUGUGCCCAUCGUGGUCUGUUUCUGAAGAUCUAGAUCUGAAGAAGACCCACAAAUUGAUUCUCUCAAGUUCCUGGACAGUACCAUCAGUGGUGGGAGAGCGCGCAACCAAAACGGAAGAAGAAGGCCAUCAAUUGCGUCGGUCAUCAAAUCUUUGUGGGUGUUCCUCAAUGGUUAUAGAGGAUCGAACCAGGGCGGAAGAGGUACCUCUUUGCUAUUGAUUAGGGCGUGCAUGCCUUCUGGUUUGGGGUUCUCCAAUGGGUAUGGAGGGUAUUGGGUUGGAAGGCAGUAGAAUCCACCCAUUGCAAGCCCUUUCGCUCUUCAUGACUGCUUGGGGUUUUUGCACCAUGGUUCCAGGUAACUGUUUUUGGCCUUCAUCGUUAGGUCAAUGUUCUAUUAAACAAACUCGGAAUUUAUCUAGAGAAUACUGACUUGGCAUUUCUGAUUUGUCUAAAACAGACUAAUGGGGUGGUGGUCUAUCGAUGAAGGAAGUAGAGAGGAACAUGCCAGGCUAUACCAGGAGGGUGCUGCUGGGUUAGUCUAUGAUUCUAUGUUAUUAAUCAACAAUCUUCUGAUUUUCUGCAGUCAUUACAUGACUAGGGGCAAAAUGGUUUAUGUGUCUUAAGAUGAUCUGUUUAUGCUCAUUUCUCAGUUUGAAUCUCAUUCAUUGUACUUUUUUAUUUUCCCCUGAGAAUGGUUUAUUAAGCUGUGGAUCCACUCUGAAUUGUAAGGAAGCCAAAACCAUAACAUUUUUUUCGAAUCCAGGAACAGGAAUGUUGAUUGUGGGUAAGCAAUGGAGAAGCAUUGAGAUGGAGAAGAAGCACAGCCUCUGUGAGGGUGCAGUAGCUCAGGGUCCGGUUCUUUCCUGUUGUUAGAGACUGUUGUGGCGUUGUCAUGUAAGUUUAACACAACCUUGAUUUCUUUUACAGAUUAUGUGUGUUAGAUCGAAAAACUAAGGUGUGGUAGAAUAACAGAAGGUCAAAUUGUUGUGUAGAAGUCGAAAUAGUAAAUCCAAUAAACCAACUAACAGAAACACUAUCAUACCCAAUAAUGGUGGAAAACACCAGCAAGUACAAAGAUCAGCAAAUUAAUAAUGUAUGCUGGGAAAGUUUUAAUAAGUAGAACAACCCUCA